UUCAACAAAACAUCAGAGAAGCUAGCUGCCGUUAGCUUACUGAAAUACGACGGUGUCCAUACGGCAGGUGUUGGUGUGCGGACUGUGUUAAAGCGGUUACGGCGACCAGGAAGAGGCCGGCGACCAGGAAGAGGCCGGCUAACAUAAUGCUUUCUGCCCUGGUCUGUGGCGCUCUGGUGUUCCCUGGACUUUUCUGCGGCUCCAGAAAAGUCCUUAAAUCCACUUUCACACAGUGGAGCGACGCUGACGUGGUUUGUGUCAGUGAGAGGCUGGUUUCUGCCAUCCAUGCAUCUCUGGCUACUGCAGCUGGAGUCACAGUCAUGACAUCCUGCAGGGACGUCAUUACUGACAGUCACUGGCUGGUGAACGGGUUUGUAUUGUUUGGAGUGCCCUACGUGGUCUUUGACAUCUAUGCCAUGUAUCUGAGCCACUACCAUACUCAGAAGCUGGGGGACUUCUUCAUCGGCUGCCUGUUCACCACAGAGUUCAGCACUCCUUUUGUCUCCAUUGGAAAGAUUCUCAUCCAGCUGGGUCUCAACAACACCAGGCUCCACAGGAUCAACGGCAUCAUAGUCUUGCUCAGUUUCUUCACAUGCCGGAUACUGCUCUUCCCCUUCAUGUACUGGAUGUAUGGCCGGCAAUUCGGGAUUCCUCUGCACAGAGUGGUCUUUCACCUGCCGCUGCAAUGCAACGUGGGUAACCUAGUGCUCCUGGCUCCACAGAUCUACUGGUUUAUCCUUCUGUUGAGGAAAGCCAACAGACUGUACCUGAGGCAGAGGAAAGGGCCGGCUCGCAAAGACUGAAGGCUCCAUGAUUUUCAAAAAACAACACAAAACCCUCAGAUUAUUGCUACAGUUAAUGAAAAAAUAAGUUUAUUAUUUUCAUAAUAAAAUUAAGUCAGAUUUAACAGGAAAUAGUUGUUUAACUGUGACUCUAUCACAUCGUCUGUCAGCAGUGCGGUUUUCCUUUUGUCUGUUCAGCUUUUAUAUGUUAGAGCCUCAACAAUGUUACCCAACUACACAGAAUCUGUUUGUAUAAAUUAAAGUCACUU